GAGUUUUUUUUAUCGUGUAGAAAUGUACAGUGAUCAGGAAAGGAAACAAUUUAGAAAUUAUGUGCGAGAUAUUUCAAGAGUACAACGUAAUCAUGUUGCUAAUCGUAUAGAAAGACUUGCUUCACAACAAAGUAAACCAUGGCAGUAUUUCAUUGGAUGUGUUAUGUUUUCAACUGCAAGUGUUUUGCUGAUUUUUAAGCUUUAUGGUCCUCGCCAUAUAUUUAAAAAUAGUAUGUAUUACGCUCGCCCACUUCCUGCAGCAAUCAGUAUGGGCGUAGCCUUGUUUGGUCUCAUAUAUACAUGUCGUGGAAUGUUAAUACGCAAUCGCAUUUGUAUCAUGAUAGACGAUUAUGAGUACGAGCUAAAGAGAAUUAAAGCUCAUCAUUGCGAAGAGGGAGUUGAUCAACUUGCAUGGCUAGAAUUUAUCAAAGAAGGUGUAAAGCAGGAAUCUGAAAAUCGCUUUGAUUUUUCUAAGCUGAAAGAGUGACCAUACAUUGUGAGAAUACAGAAAA